AUGUGCUUUUUUUUCCUUUGUAUCAGUUUCCAAGAGCAUCGUAUUACUCCCCUGAAGAUCAGUCAUCGGAAUCUCGUUUCAAUUCUCCUGCGUCGAAAAGCCAAGAUUUUAAACGAGAUGGCGGAUGCACGGAGGGAAAUAAAUGAGGCUUACAAUGACUGGCAAGCACUUUGUAAGGAGUCUCAGGAGUCACCAACGCCGCCAGCUCCACCAUCCUCGUUGACAGGGCGAUCAAGACGUUCUCGCGCUGCCGUGGAGGCCUCCUCCUGGAUUUCCAUCAGUUCGACGACUUCCUCCGCUUCUGUCACACCUCAUGCCGUUUCACCUGCGAAACAUGAUCCCGAUACGGGCGAAAUAUCCAAAUUGCCAUGUGUUGUGGACGUGCAGGAUGAAUAUAAUCGUCGACGUCAGUUGUCCCUAUUGCAUGCCGCAUGGAAAAAGUUCGACCCGAUGCAAGUGACCCUUACGAAAAUUAAUCGUCAACUAGAGGUCCUGGAGCAGAAUCCACCUCGUGACGUGUACUUAACCAAUUCCGAACGAAAUCUCAUUGACUGGCACUUGGCCAAUCUUGAGUUUGCCAACGCUACAGAAUUACAAAACCUCUCCCUCAUUCAUUGGGAUCAGGAUGACGCCUACGAGCUGGGCGGAGACCACUGCAUCGUUCAAGGCGGUUUUGGUCAAAUAAUGGACGUCCUCACCAGUUCCUCUGGUACUUCUGGCACACUGAGACCUGCUGUUGACAACCCCUGUGGUCAAAUUGAACUCAAAUCCUCCGUCAAGGAAAUUUCAAUCAGUGAUUCUGGUGUCAGGGUAUCGUGUUUGAACAAAGCCGUGAGUGAGGAUGAGCUUAUCGCUCACAAUGGCGAUGCAGUGCUCUGCGCACUACCAUUGGGUGUUCUAAAGGAGUCUGUCAAGAUCUUAAAUAGAGAGAGGAAGCCACACCAGACGGAGUUGACAGCGCUCAGCGCCCCCUAUUUUAAUCCCCCUCUUCCUUCGUGGAAAUGCGAGUCAAUUGAGCGGGCUGGCUUUGGAACGCUGAACAAGUUGGUUCUCUUCUUCAAUGACUUCUUUUGGGAUCGCAACGAGCGAUUGGUUCUCUUCUUCAACGACUUCUUUUGGGAUCGCAACGAGCGAGUCUUUGGCUACGUUCAUGACUCCACUGAACGCCGUGGUGAACUCUUUCUUUUCUGGUCCAUCACCGAUAGACCGUGCCUCAUUGCUCUCGUUGCUGGUAAGGCGGCCGUUGCUUUGGAGACUGAAAUUGCUGCCACUGUGGGACCAAAAGGUGAUGAUGACACUGCGGCUUACCUCAAGCUGCCCAUUGUCGCGCGUGCUUUGUCUAUUCUACGCAAGAUUUUUGGCCGACAGAACAUGGGCAAUGUGCCUGAUCCAAUUGGUGCAUACGCUACGCGUUGGACUUCAGACGAGAAUACCCGAGGAUCCUAUUCCUACGUGGCAGUGGGGUCCAGCGGUGAUGAUUACGAUUUGCUAGCAGCACCGGCUUCACCAACGGCGCCCACCUUGCCACUAAGCCUUAGCUCUCCAGCUGCAAUUGUGAAGGGAGAAGAAGGCCUAGCAGAAGUCCCAACCCGGCUCUACUUUUGCGGGGAGCAUACGAAUAGACACUAUCCAGCCUCAGUACAGGGAGCAGUGUUUUCCGGCUUGAGGGAAGUCGCCCGCAUUGCAAACACCUUUUGUCCGGGCGAAACACCAAUUUGGCAGCAUGGGUUUGUGUUGAAAGAGGCGCCAUCUGUGACGCAGCAACAGGAGCCAGCAUUAAUGUGA